AUGCUGGUCAAGUACCGUUUCCUGGAGACAUCCCCUCGCCAGAUUGCUCGGUUCCUGCUCACCCGACGCGGCCUAAGUCGUUCGGCAAUUGGAGAGUACUUGGGCGAAAUGAAGGAUGACUUGGCCAAGGCUACAACCAGGUUAGUGCUAGCUGCAUAG